UAUCAAUCUAUCAACACCUCCAUCCCUUUUUCCAUUUCCCCAGACGCAUUCCAAACCCUCAACUCCUCAAUCCUCUCCGGUUACCGAUGGAUCCGCUUCUUCCCAUUGCGGCGCUCUCGAUUAUCAUCGGCGCUGUCAUCGCCCUUGCCUUCUUCGGAAGCUACUUCCGAAAACGGAGCUCCGAAAUGCAGUCCAUUUCCAAGCCGGAACUCCAGUCGGACCAAAAAAAGCACCAAUCAAAGCCUCACCAGACUAAGAAGUCUCACGCCAGACCACACUCUCACGCCUCAGACAAGGAUCAAAACAAGAAACAUCAUCCGUUGGAUGUGAAUACUUUGAAAGGCCAUGGAGAUGCGGUCACUGACCUAUGUUUCUCCUCCGACGGGCGGAGUUUGGCAACAGCUUGUGCGGAUGGAGUGCUUAGGGUAUUCAAGUUGGAUGACGCUUCGAGUAAAAGUUUCAAGUUUCUGAGAAUUAGUUUGCCUCCCGGAGCUGGUCAUCCUGUAGCAGUUUCAUUUUCGGAUGAUGGAUUGUCAAUAGUUGUGGCUUCUCAAAGUCUGACCGGUUCUUCUUUGUACAUGUAUGGUGGGGUGGAAAAACCCAAACCUUCUGAGGAAGCUAGACAGCAACCCAAGCUUCCUCUGCCUGAGGUCAAGUGGGGCCAUCACAAAGUUCAUGAUAAAUUAGGUAUUCUCACCCUAUCUGGGACCACAGCAAGUUAUGGCACUGCUGAUGGGAGUACAAUUGUUGCUUCAUGUUCCGAAGGAACUGACAUCAAACUUUGGCAUGGUACAACCGGCAAGAUUUUGGGGCAUGUUGACACAAAUCAGUUGAAAAACACCAUGGCUGCUAUAUCACCAAAUGGGCGUUUCCUUGCUGCAGCAGCGUUUACUGCAGAUGUGAAGGUGUGGGAGAUCGUCUAUUCAAAGGAUGGUUCAGUCAAGGAGGUCACAAAAGCCAUGCAACUUAAAGGCCAUAAGAGUGCAGUGACUUGGUUAUGCUUUACUCCGAACUCAGAACAAAUGAUCACAGCGUCCAAAGAUGGUUCGAUAAGAAUUUGGAAUAUCAAUGUUCGAUUUCAUAUGGAUGAGGAUCCAAAAACUCUGAAGGUGUUUCCAAUUCCACUUGAUUUGGGUGGUGCUGCUGUUCACUAUGAUCGCCUUAGUUUAUCUCCGGAUGGAAAAAUUUUGGCAGCAACCCAUGGUUCGACACUACAAUGGUUAUGCAUUGAAACUGGAAAGGUUUUGGACACAGCUGAUAAAGCCCAUGAAGGUGACAUCACAGGCAUUUCGUGGGCACCCAAGCCAAUACCAAUGGGUGAUGAGAAGGUGUUGGUUUUGGCCACAUCAAGUGUCGAUAAGAAGGUAAAAUUCUGGGUUGCUCCAUCUGUUCCUGCAUCGUAAAGGAAUUUUGUACAUGCGUAAUGAUCUCAUGCAUUGGCAUGAAUGAAUUCCUCAUCUGACGUGGUUUGCGCGAGAAAUGUUUCAUAUGUUCUAGGCCAAGUAGUUUUAACAACUUCAUGUUAUGAAAGCUACCUCACUGCAGUUGAAAGGUAGAGCGGUACUUGUUGGAGCAUUUGCAUUGAGAAAGCAAAUGUUUUGUUUCACCGGCUUAGUCAGAUUUCACGGUGGUUUUGAUGAUUAUAAUUUGAUUUACACGGAA